AUGUCAUUUAAUCAGAAAGGAAAACCUUUUCCUCAGCCAGCAGUGGGGUCUACCCAACCAUUUUGGCGCACCGAACCCCACCCCCUCGAUGACCACCAGACACCGUUGCCGACAGAAACAGAUAUCUUGAUCAUCGGUGGCGGUUAUGUUGGCGCAUCGGCUGCUUAUCGCCUCCUUGUAGAGAACAAGCAAAAAAUUCCUCCCCGAGUGACCCUUGUUGAGGCCCGUGGUCUUUGCUCCGGCGCCACCGGGCGCAAUGGCGGCCAUUUGAGACCUGAUAUAUAUUCGGCCACCGCACUGUUCACUGAACGCCAUGGCCUUGAGGCUGCAGCGGAGGUGGUGAGAUUCGAAAUAUCCCACCUCAAGCUGUUGGAAGAGUUAGUUCGCAAGGAGAAGAUUGACUGUGAACUCACUUUCACGCGCUCUUAUGAUAUGUAUCUUGAUGAAGACCAGCUGAAGAAAGCCAAAGCCUUUUAUGAUCUCUUGGUCGCCCAGGGGUUCGACUUUAUGGAUGAUGUCAACUACAUGGCUCAGUCCGAUACACAAAAGGUACGUGCGAACAUCUUUGCAGUGGAUCUAUUGUUUGAUAUUGACCAUAAACUUCCCAAGACUGCUCAUGUCCGAGACGCCAAGGGAGGUUUCAGCUUCCCAACUGGACAUCUUUGGCCUUACAAGCUCGUCACGUCGCUCGUCAAUAUUGCAGUUUCCCACGGCCUGGAUCUUCAAACACACACCCCGGUAUCUGAGAUUUCAGAUACUCCUACUGCUGACGGUCUCUGGUCUGUCACAACUAGCCGGGGAGUUAUCAAAGCCCGGAAGAUUAUAUUUGCUACCAACGCAUUUACCAGCGCGUUAGCGCCGCAGUAUGAAAGGGCAAUCGUACCCUGCAAAGGGGUCUGCACACAGAUAGCAGCUGCACCCGGCGCACCUCACCAAGAGCUACCCGGGACCUAUGCCAUCCGCCUUGGUCCCAAUGCGUAUAUCUAUCAAAUUACUCGCAAUGACGGCACGAUCAUUGCUGGCGGAGCGUCCCAUACUUUCAGGGAUGAUACCGAACAGUGGUACAACAAUCCUGAUGAUGGCAAAUUAAUCGAUGUCGGCGUAGACUUCUUCGACGGGUACAUGCAGCGCACAUUCCUGGGAUGGGCGGAUAGCGGGGCUGAGGUGAAACAUGUUUGGACUGGAGUCAUGGGAUAUAGUGCAGAUUCGCUGCCCCAUGUUGGAAGUGUACCUGGAAAGCAGGGACAAUUCAUCGCGGCUGGCUUCAAUGGUCAUGGUAUGCCUGUGGCUUUCCUUUCUGGUAAGGCUGCCGCCGAUAUGGCACAGAAAUCGAUUUCUUUCGAGGAAACCGGGUUGCCGAGAUUGUUCAAAACAUCCGAGGCUCGAUUGAAACCAAUCUAUGAUGACACCCGGUGA